UCCGAAAUUAAGAAAAUCGUACAUGUCUUUGGACGCACCAUCAAGAUCUAUCUCGCAUCAAUUGCACUUGUCAUGCCUCUUUUGUUACAAAAUUCCCUUAUCCUUCCACAAUAAUUUUUCUACACGUUGUUAAGAAAGUUGCGCCAAAGACAUCGUGAACACAGUGAAUGGUUUAGAUUUAUGAUUUAUUAAUUAUCUAUUUCAUUAAAGGCAAGUCACGGUAUAUUUAAAAAUUGCUACAAUUCUCCUGAACCUAAUUAUAUACGCAUUUAGCUAAAAAAAAUAAAGAUAAAAGCUUGCAGCCAACACGUAAGGAAACCCGAUUGUCCUCGUUCUUAGCAAGCAAAACACCUGAAACAUAUCUACGCCAAGUCGAUUUCUUAGAUCAUUACGCUGUAAUGUGUGAACGACAUUAUCGUGCGUUGAACUCUCUUCCUCAUGAAUACGAACCUAGACAUUCACCGCGUUGCGGAAGCCUGCGGAAGAAGAACUUCGUAUGGCAGCCCGAGGUCUGGCAACCAUUAGCGCUUGUGCCCGCGUUGAAGUUUAGAAGCGCUGAAGUAUCGGAUAGAAAAUCAAGUCGGACGGGAUACCGUCUGCCAUCAAAAAAAAACUCGUUAGAUCUAUUGCUGUUGCUGCUGCUGCUGCUGCUACCCGUGUUGUUCUUUUCGUUUUCGGGAAUUCAACCGUGUCAUCUGAUUACUGCGACGAAGGAAUUUAAUGGCGUCCGAGAUAGCUAAGUACUGUCCAAUAUCAAUACGAUUGCAAAAUACAAGAAAAAUGUCAUUUGAACAGAGCUAUUGCGAAUGUUGGCAGGUAUCGUGUUAGUGAACUUGUAUGUGGCAGUUAGCAUUUAGUUUUUGCCGAGUUCUGUGCAUGCCGAAAACGGAUAUGGCUAGUCGAACACACCCAAGAGGUCGGCCGUCCAAUGAUGAGCUAUUGCAGCGGGGAGCGCGCGAGGUUUUAGGUUGGCUCGAACGUGUGGAAACACAACAUUUACACUUAGUGGUGGAGUAUAACGCCAAAAUGAGGGAUAUGGCUAGAGCCGUGGAACAGCAUCGUCAGGAAGUCGUUCAACUCAAGGAGCUUAUUUACCCUCGUAUACCGGCGCAGCGCAAUGCGAAAUUUCAGAGCGAGAAUGAAGAGCUACGGAAUAUGUGCUGUUUUUUGGACGACGAACGUGAACGAGCGCAUAAGCUGGUUACUGAAUGGAGGCGAUUCGGUCGAUAUACGGCAUCAAUUCUUAGCCACGAACUCAAUUCUUAUCAUACCAAGCUCAAUCAGCUUGAAAGUCGCCAGAAUCGCAUACUCAGUGGGAGUGGUUUCAGAUGGGAGCCAACCAAUGCGAAGCCCGAUCUCCUAGAAGCGACACCGGCCAGCACACAAAACCAAUCCAAGGACCACUCGGAUAAGGAAGAUAGUUCGUCAGAAGCAACUUCUUCUAGCGCCACUGCUACGCAAACAAGACAAGCAAUGUCUUCGACCGAAUUGACGCCUACCAUAUCUGCAGAAUCGGUAGGAAGCGGAACAACGCAGUCGCACGAAUCAGACCAGAGGCGAAGCAUCGCAGAUAACGUUGCGGACGCAUUUAAGGUUCUUGAGUUGCAUGAACAACUCGAAUGUGACCCGAUGUCUGAUAGAGAAAAAGCUCUGAUACGAGAUAUGUGUAACGUUGUGUGGAAUAAACUUGAACAGCAUUACAGCCCCACUAUUCAACAGAUAGCAGCUAGUGAAGGCGAUACGGAAAAUCAGCGUCAACCAGCUAGUUUAGCCGUGGCAUUGGAGUCAAAACCUACUUCGCCAGUCGCAGGUGUAAGCGGGACUUAGCAAGGCUUACCAAAGAGUUGUACCCAGAAUUAUGCACGAUGUUGUAGUCAAUAGUUGCUUAAGAGUCACAAUCUUAUUUCAUAGAACAUUCACUGGAAAUAAUGUGAAUAAAAGACUGUACUUACUUUCCAAUCUACUUUUCUUCUUUGCUAAAGAAAUAUUGCGGUUAAAAUUGACUCAUGUGACUAUAUAUUAAAUAAAGUAUAAAUAUUAUCAACCUAAAUAAAUGCAUCUUUUGGGCAUGCAUGGCAUAUGCGGAAAUUGGAAAUAUCGUCAGGUAUCAUUGAAUGUUGUGAUAUUGGUCUAUUUCCUAAUCGGCCAGUAAAAUGGUGCAGAACUGUGUUAAUGGUUAAGAAUCACCUGCAGGAAUUUAUCGGUUAGGCAUGAUAUGUUCAUUAACAUAGUUAUUGAAAGCAUAAAAAUCAUGAUGAUACCAUAAGAGCUCUUGUUAGAGUACCAUAUCCUAAACUAUAUACCACAAAACGGGUGCCAUAUCGUGAAAGAGUACUUGUAUGUCCAGUUGUUUAUUGGUCUACGAUCGGAUAAGUGCUCUCCUCGAUCUUGCAUUUAAUAAAUAAAUUAUAUUAUUUACAAAUUCUUGGUAUGAGGUUUGCAAUAUUGUUAAAAGAGGCAUAUUAAAAAUUAUUAAUGCAAGUGAUCGAUAAACCACAAGACGUCGACUGUUA